AUGCUGAUACCUGACACCCGGCCACAGGAGUCGACUCUCCACCUUGUCCUCCGCCUCCGUGGUGGUAUCAUUGAGCCCUCGCUCAAGGCCCUUGCCUCCAAGUUCAACUGCGAGAAGAUGAUCUGCCGCAAGUGUUACGCUCGUCUCCCGCCUCGUGCGACCAACUGCCGCAAGCGCAAGUGCGGUCACACUAACCAGCUCCGCCCCAAGAAGAAGCUCAAAUAA